AAAUGAUUGAAGACGAUGAAUCUGAGUGCUUCCUUUAACUGAAACCAUCUAAAAAAAUCAAAAAGACUAGAAGCAAUAUUCUUAGAAUCCAAAAGCAUUAUGAUACUCUAAAUUAGAUGUAGAUAGCUGCUACUGACCAAGAAUAAACUAUACUUAGUUUAAUAGACAAGCAAUCUAUAUGUAAUACUUUAUAAAAUAUCUAAAUAGUCUCAUCGAAGAAUAAAUUCAUUCAAUAAUGGAAAGAAAACAUAUCUUAAUUUCAGUCUCUAAUUCAUUCUAAUUUGAUCAAAAGUGAAUCAGAAACUUUUGAAGAUAGUGAAAGUUUUCUCAAAUAACCUCAAAAUGAAUUGCUCAUAGAAAACUACUUAUGCUGAUAGACACUCCUUCAGCUUUAUCGCAAUUAAAAUGAGUUUUAUUUAUUAUUUUUCCAAGUAUCAUAUCAUACUGC